AUGCAUAUUACUCUUAUUAGCAACCACCAAAGAAAGCACAGCACAGUAGAAGAGAAGGGCAUGGCUGAAACCACGGUGCUACCAUCCAGUCAUGGCUGUGGAUUGUGUGGUUUCAUGGUUCAAUUUCUUCGGGGCAGAUGGUUCAUGAUGUUUGCUACAUUCUUGAUCAUGUCUGGCUCCGGUGCAACUUACAUUUUUGGUGCAUAUUCAAAAGCGAUAAAAUCCAGCCUUGGCUAUGAUCAAUCAACACUCAAUAUUCUUGGCUCAUGCAAAGAUCUAGGAGCGACAAUUGGAGUGCUGUCGGGAUUAUUAGCCGAGGUAACACCAUCCUGGUUUGUUCUCUUGGUUGGUGCUCUUAUGAAUUUUUCUGGUUAUUUCCUAGUAUGGCUGGCAGUGACCAAAAGAAUACCAAAACCCCCAGUUUGGCAAAUGUGUGUAUAUAUAUGCAUUGGUGCGAAUUCCCAGAAUUUUGCAAACACGGGAUCCCUUGUUCCCUGUGUAAAAAAUUUCCCCGAACGUCGGGGGAUGAUGUUAGGACUGAUGAAGGGAUUUGUAGGGCUUAGUGGUGCAAUUUUUACACAGCUUUAUCUUGCAAUUUAUCAUAAUGAUGCCAAAGAUAUGAUCUUUCUUAUUGGUUGGCUUCCAGCAGUGAUUUCUUUAGUUUUCCUCUUCUGCAUCAAGGAAAUGAAGAAGAUUAGUGGUCAUCCCCACGAGGUGAAGGUUAUGUAUCAAAAUCUCAUCAUAACAGUGGGUUUGGCACUGACCCUGAUGGCUCUGACAAUCGCUCAAAACUAUUUCAAUUUCUCUCACGCUGAUUAUGUAGCAAGUGCAACAGGUGUUUGUGUUCUGCUUUUCCUUCCAUUCCUGGUUGCAGUGAAAGAAGAAUUAGAGACUUGGCAGCAAAAGAAGGAAGAUGCAUUAAAACCCCCUAGCAGGGUAGUUACCGAGGAACCACCUUUGCCCGAGUCCUCGAACCCCAGAAAGCAGGAAAUUGUCCCGGCACAUUGUACCACAGAUAAAGGAGGAGGGGAUGAUGAGUUCCGUCAAGAAGGUUGUUGCUGUGGAGACAUCUGCAACAAACCCAAAAGGGGUGAAGAUUAUACCAUAUGUCAAGCUUUAUUAAGUGCUGACAUGAUAAUUCUUUUCAUUGUCACAUUUUGUGGGCUUGGUUGCAGUCAAGCAGCAGUGGAUAAUUUAGGCCAGAUUGGUGAAUCCUUAGGCUAUCCAACUAAGACAAUUAACACAUUUGUCUCCCUACUUAGCAUCUGGAACUAUUUUGGCAGAGCUCUUUCGGGUUUUGGCUCUGAGCAACUGUUGAGGAAGUGGAAAGUUCCGCGGACUCUAAUGAUGACGAUAUCCCUUGUGGUGCCUGCCAUUGGAGAUCUCAUUAUUGCCUUGCCAUUUCCUGGUUCUGUUUACAUUGCAUCAGUAUUGGUUGGAUUUGCUUAUGGCGUCCAGUUAACCAUGGUUUUCGUGAUUAUAUCUGAACUUUUUGGAUUGAAGUACUACUCCACUCUCUUGAAUUGUGGACAAUUGGCCAGCCCUAUUGGAUCAUACUUCCUCAAUGUGAGGAUUGUGGGAAAACUCUAUGAUAAAGAGGCUUUAAAGCAACUUGCGAGGGCGGGCCUGACAAGAUCAAUGGUUCCUGACUUGACUUGCAUUGGGACUCAAUGUUACAGAACAUCUUUUCUAAUAUUAGCCGGCGUUAACACUCUUGGAGCUCUUAUUUCUCUGAUCUUGGUAAUGAGGACUCGGGAAUAUUACAAGUCAGAUAUAUACAUGAAGUUUAGAGAUGAGAUGGAAGCCAAUGAGAAGGAAAUCGCAAUGGUUUCUUCAGCUGAUCAUAAAUAA